AAGGCUUGAAAGACAUGCAUGACUCUAUUGCUGCCAUUCGUAACUGUGUAAGAUAUAUUCGGUCAUCUCCUGCAAAGUCGCAAAAGUUCAAAGUUUGUGCGGAAACAGUAAGAAUUGAUUACAAGGGGUGGUUAAUUUUAGAUGUUCCCACAAGAUGGAACUCGACUUACAUGAUGUUAAAUGUUGCCUUAAAGUUUGAAAAAGCUUUUGCAAGGUAUGAAGAUGAUGAUGAGAAGUUUGUGAGUUACUUCAUGGAACAAGAAAAUGGAAAAAAAGAGGGUUGGACCACCUUCUUCUAGUGAUUGGGAGUGUGCUACGGUAUUUGUCAAAUUUCUUAAAACUUUCUAUGAAGUUACUUUAAAGUUUAGUGGUUCAUUACAUGUAACUUCUAACAACUUUUAUCAUGAGAUAUGUGAGAUACACACUCAAUUGGGAGAUUUGUGUGGUAGUAGUGACCCUUUGCUAUCUACCAUGGCUGCCAAUAUGAGAAGGAAGUAUGACAAAUAUUGGGGCAAUGCUGAAAAUAUCAAUCCUUUUUUAUUUUUGGCUAUUGUGGUUGAUCCAAGGUACAAGUUAAAGUAUUUGAAAUAUUUGUUUGAGACCAUUUACGAAGCUGAAAUUGUUGCUAAAAUCGUUGUUAACGUGGAACAAGUCCUUCAACGUUUGUUCACUUCCUAUAAUGCGAUGAAUGGGAAUAAAGAUGAUAAGGUUACCAAAAGUGAUUCACUAGUACCAACUCGUGAUCUCAAAGAAUCCAAUAGGAGUAGACUAUUGGCAAAUUACUUACAGCAACGACAGAUGGUUGUGGAUGACCAAAUGAACGAUGUGGAGCGAUAUUUGCUUGACGAUCCUGUCAACCCAUUGACCCCCUCAUUUGACUAACUACUUUGGUGGAAGGAUAACUCUAGUAGGUAUAAAAUUAUGUCAUUAAUUGCUAAAGAUAUACUUGUUAUUCAUGUGUCAACUGUGGCCUCUGAAUCUGCAUUUAGUCCUAGUGGACGCAUUUUAAACUCUUUGAGGAGUUCUUUGAGCCCUAAAAUGGUGGAGGCAUUAGUUUGCACUCAAAAUUGGAUGAAAGGAAAUCAUGAGGGGAUUCAAAUGAGGGAGUAUUUGGAUGAAAUUCAAGCUUAUGAUUUUCUUGAACAAGGUAAUUUUCUUGACAAAAAUUG